CCGUGCGCCGAGCGUGCCGUGCGUUUCUCCACGCCGCGAUCGAGCGCAGAGGCACUCGGGUGGCACCGCGACUCGGUGCCGGCCGCGUGCUGCCGCUGCAGCGACUCCCGUGGGUGGGCGCGCAAUCGUCGGGGGUGGCCGGUGCUCGUCGCACGCAGGUACUUAAAGAAUUUACAUAUACAGCUGAUCAUUAGGUAGAGUAAAGCUGCGAGAGAUGGAGAUGGACCUGGCAAUCGAGCAGUACGGGUGUGUGCAUUACAGGAGGAAAUGCAAGAUAAGGGCGCCCUGCUGCGGCGAGGUCUUCGGUUGCAGGCACUGCCACAACGAAGUGAAGGACUCGUUGGAGGUCAGCAUCAGCGACCGCCACGAGAUCCCUCGCCAUGAAAUCAAGCUGGUUAUCUGCUCUGUUUGCAACAAAGAACAGGAUGUACAACAGGAUUGCUCAAAUUGCGGGGCAUGCCUGGGUAAAUAUUUCUGUGCAAAAUGCAACUUUUAUGAUGAUGAUCUGUCAAAGAACCAAUUUCAUUGUGAUGGAUGCGGCAUAUGUAGAACUGGUGGUGCAGAGAAUUUCUUUCACUGUGACAAAUGUGGAUGUUGCUAUAGCUAUGUGCUGAAGGAUUCUCAUCGUUGUGUGGAGAGAGCAAUGCAUCACAACUGCCCUGUAUGCUUCGAGUAUUUAUUUGACUCGACAAAAGACAUCAGUGCACUGCACUGUGGACACACGAUUCAUCUGGAAUGCCUAUACGAGUUAAGAUCCCAUAAACAGUUUUCAUGCCCAGUCUGCCUGAGGUCUGCUUGUGACAUGUCCCAUGCAUGGCAAAAGCUUGAUCAAGAGGUUGCAGCAUCACCGAUGCCAGCGAUUUAUCAGAAGAAGAUGAUAUGGAUCCUUUGCAACGAUUGCCGGAAGACAUCAAACGUGCAGUUUCACAUCUUGGGACACAAGUGCCCCGGAUGCAGCUCUUACAACACCCGGCAGACCAGAGGCGACCCGGCGGCAUGCUCCAGAGUCUGAAGAACAGUGAGAGCAUAACCAUGGUCUGUGCAGUCUGAACUCUGAAAUGCUCAGAUGCUCCAUAAUAAGAUGUAACCUGUGAAUUGAGGGAGGCUGUGUUUGCAUGGAAGAAAACAGCUUCUUUCGAGCUGAGAAGAGCUGUGCUACGGAGGGCUAUCAUUUUACCUCCCUGACGUUCAUGUUGGUCGGUUGUCGUUGUGAUUAGGCUCAAUGUCCAUCUAAAUGCAAACAAAUUUUACCUUCAUGAACCCCAGUCUGUUUAGGUUUAUGGGCUGGAAUCUAGAGUUCAAUUUCAGCCAAGAUAUCUGAUGGGCCUUUAUUUCUGCCACUAUCCACACAAACGAGGCAUUUCUGGACCUUUCCCUUUGACCA